CAUCCCUCGCGAUUGCCUGUGAUGUUUUGUUACACCUUGUAUGCUCUCAUAUCUGGUCGAGCAACGAGAAGAUGGCAUCAGAAAAGAAACGAUGGCUUCCCCUCGAAGCAAACCCCGAUGUCAUGAAUCAGUUCAUUUGGGGUCUUGGUGUCCCGGAGGGCGAAGUGGAGUUCAACGACGUGUAUGGCUUGGAGGAGGAACUCCUGGAGAUGGUGCCUAAGCCUGUGCUCGCUGUGCUGUUCCUGUUUCCAUACUCUUCUGACUCGGAUUCGGAGGCGGAAGCAGAGAGGGUAGCCGAUCCAAAGCUGAUCCCAGUAGAUGAAAAUAAGGCACAAAUUAACAAGGUAUACUUCUUGAAACAAACUGUUGGUAAUGCUUGUGGAACAAUUGGUGUUCUUCAUGCUCUUGGAAAUGCAACUUCGCAAAUCAAACUAGUUGAGGAAUCAUUUUUGGAUAGGUUUUUCAAAACAACAGCCAACUUAAAUCCAUUUGAGCGUGCUUCUGUUCUUGAAAAGGACAAAGAAAUGGAGGAUGCACAUUCAAUUGCUGCCACUGCUGGGGACACUGAGGCUGCUUCAGAGGUAGACGAACACUAUAUUUGCUUCACAUGCAUUGACGGAGAGCUUUACGAACUUGAUGGAGUGAAGUCUAAACCAGUAAGUCAUGGUCCAUCAUCCCCAGAUAACUUAUUACAGGAUGCAGCAAAGGUUAUAAAAGCCAUGAUCAACAUGACUCCUGACUCCUUGAACUUCAAUGUUAUGGCGCUUUCAAAGAAAACAUGAUCCACUGUCUGCUUCAAGAUGACGGCCAAUUUCUACGCACUGACUUUGCUUCCACUGUUAAGGAGUGCCGCAUAAUGAUAGAUGGUUCUCUGUUGAGCAGGAAAUUACAAUUCCUUAAUGCAGUUCGUUGUUGAUAGAAUAAUAUUUGAUCCUUGCUCGAUAAAUUAUUAUGAAGAGUUGUUUCUGUGUUAUAGACUUGAGUGACCAGGAGAUCAAAAUUAUCAUCAGUUGGUGCAGACAAGGUUUUGAGAAA